AUGAGUAGCCGAUUUAUUCAAUCGCCCAUGACAGAAGGCCGCGACAAGGAUAUCGAGUUGGAUUUGGGAACAAUUUCCGCAGCAACAGGUAACAGUAGAGUCAAGGCCCCGCCAGUUUGUGUCGACGCCACGUUGAUACAAGAAGCAAUGUCGACCGAAGAGCUGGCAAAACUCUCCUUCCCGCUCGAGAUAUCUCCGAAGAGCUCGAUAAGUCAUUUGGUUGAUCAUGAACCAUCUGUUGUAUCAUCCUCCUCGUCCACAGCAUCGAGAGAGAGUGCGUUUUCGGAUCAAGAGGGAAAGCAUAUACCUUCGACGCCAAUCCGAUUGGAACGACGCCAAUCUUCACAAAUUAACCUCAAGGUUACCAACCAGAAAAUCUCACGAAGUGGACGAGAGUCCCAAAGAUGGUUCACUGACCCUGCCACACAACGUGUGUAUCGUAUGGUGACUGGUUGUGUUCCAAUCGUAGAAGGAGGCCGCAUCUUGUUUGUCUCUGCAAGCCGGAAGCCAGAGUGGAUUAUUCCCAAGGGUGGCUGGGAAAAGGAUGAGAAAAUGGAAGAAAGCGCCAUUCGCGAGUGUUUCGAAGAAGCUGGUGUUCUUGGAGUUCUUGGUCCUCGUCUGAAGGACUUUGACUAUGAAACGAGGAAAGCGAAAAAACGGCGGUUAGAAUACGAAGAAUGCCAGAAAAAAUUGAAGACAAGAGUUCCUCCUUCAUCGUCCCAGAUAGAAGCAGGAAACGAACCUCAGAUUGAAGCCAAACGGAAAUCUGGUUCCAUCGCGGAAGUGCUGGUCACCACUAGUUCUCCUACAUCGUCCCAGAUAGAAGCAGGAAACGAACCUCAAAUUGGAGCCAAACCGAAAUCUGGUUCCACCGCGGAAUUGCUGGUCACCACCGGAGAAAAGUCACCAAAAACUCCCAAGCCUCUAAAGUUGCAAAGCUCAGAUGAGAAAAGCUCCGUCGCUUCGGACAGUAUGCUCUCUCAUACACAUAUCCGAUUGUCACUUUAUGUUCUCUAUGUAUCGGAGGUUAAGAGCCAUUGGCCCGAAAGUGGCAGAUCAAGGAAAGUCGUGGACAUUGGCGAAGCCAUUAAAAUGUGCGAAUCACGGCCUGAGUUUCUAACUGCACUUAAAGAAGUGAAGGAACGAAAUCUUCAUCAUCUUCCUGAGAAGGAGAAGUACAGGUCCGAAAAUAGAUAG